AUGAAGUUCGCAACGGAAUCGUUGGUCGCAUUGCUGGCCGUGUUCUCGAUAGCCAGAGGUGCAGAAGCCAUCAAGCUGUCCAGGAAGCAGACUACAAUAACGCAAGGAGGAAUUACUUUGACCACGCGAAACGGGCAAACCAAGACAUUUGAGCUGCGCGCGGGAGACCUGUCCGCCGGGAAGUACAAAUACGUCGUUACCGUAAACAACGGCACCAUCUACGACAUGACGGUUCUCGACAGCACUCGGACUGUGUAUGCAGACACCGCGCCUGGGUGGGGUUGGUCCUCGUUGUACAAUCCAAACGAAAUCGACUUCACGCUAGGGAAGGCGGCCAAGGCUGUAACGUUCUUGGCAUCGACUGAGUCUCAGAAGGUCGAUCUCGACUACAAGCUGGCUACCGCGAAUUGA